UAUGGAGAACAGGCUUCCCACCUGAAAGCCACUGCAUAAUAAUAGGUCGGCUGGAAAAGCAAGCUGGCACUGCAGGGCGCCUGCGCGAGAAAGACUUCCGGGAGGGAACUGGGCGGGGCGUCUCCGCCGCCGUGUUGAGAAGCGCGGAUUGAUCCCGCCCGCGCCUGCGCAGAUGGGCCCAGUGGGAGGCCGGCCGGCGCCAUCUCGGAGGCGCGUCUCUUUCUUCUCCUCUCUCUCUCCAGCCCGGCUGACUGUCCUCUUGCGGCGCCGCUGCCAGUUGCUCUCGCCGGCCUUCCCGGGCUCCUCACUGAGACGAAGCAGGGGGGGUUUCUGGAACGGCAGUUGACAGGUGAAAGAGUGCGAAGAAGAAAGUACCCACCCAGGAUUGUUCAGAGGGAUCAGACAGAAAAAGGAGGGAACAACAGAGGAGGAAAACCUUAACCAAAAGAGAAGAACAAGGAGGGAUCUUCUUCGGAGCAGGGUGACACCUAUAAAAUCAGAAUCCAAAAAACAGCAGGGAAAGAAGCCUCUGCCCUGUGAGUAGGAAAAAACUUCAGUUCUGAACCAAGCUUUGAACCUUAGUUGGAAAUGGAUACCAGAGAGAAACCAUUUAAAUGCUUGGAGUGUGGAAAGAGCUUCAGUGUCAGUGGAAAUCUUACCAAACACCAAAGAAUCCACACUGGCGAGAAACCGUAUGAGUGUUCAGAGUGUGGAAAAAGCUUCAGAGUGAGUUCCCACCUCACUUCACAUCAAAGAACCCACACUGGAGAGAAACCAUAUCAGUGCUUGGAGUGUGGAAAGAGCUUCAGCAGAAGUGGAACUCUUACUAUACAUCAAAGAACCCACAGUGCAGAAAAACCUUAUAAAUGCUUGGUCUGUGGGAAGAGCUUCAGUGUGAGUUACUGCCUCACUUCACAUCAAAGAAUCCACAGUGGAGAGAAACCGUAUCAGUGCUUGGAGUGUGGAAAGAGCUUCAGUGAGAGUGGAUCACUUACCAAGCAUCAAAGAAUCCACACUGGAGAGAGACCAUAUCACUGCUUGGUGUGUGGAAAGAACUUCAGUGACAGUGGAUCACUUACUGUUCAUCUAAGAAUCCACACUGGAGAGAAACCUUAUACUUGCUUAGAGUGUGGAAAGCGCUUCAGUGUAAGUUCCUCCCUCACUUCACAUCAAAGGACCCAUUCUGGAGAAAAACCACAUCAGUGCUUGGUGUGUGGAAAGAGCUUCAGUGACAGUGGAAAACUUAGAAGACAUCAAAGAAUCCACACCGGAGAGAAACCAUAUCAUUGCUUGGAGUGUGGAAAGAGCUUUACUGACAAUGGAUCACUUACUGUUCAUCUAAGAAUCCACACUGGGGAGAAACCAUAUAAAUGCUUGGAGUGUGGAAAGGGCUUUACUGACAGUGGAAAGCUUGGCAAACAUCAAAGAACCCACACUGGGGAGAAACCAUUUCAGUGCUUGGAGUGUGGGAAAUGUUUCAGUGACAGUGGAAAACUUAGCAAACAUCAAAGGAUUCACACUGGUGAGAAACCGUAUCCCUGCUUCGAGUGUGGAAAGGGCUUCACUGAUAGUGGAUCACUUGCCAAACAUCAAAGAACCCACACUGGAGAGAAACCAUAUCCCUGCUUGAUUUGUGGAAAGAGCUUCGGUGACAGUUCCCAUCUCACUUCACAUCAAAGAACUCACACUGGAGAAAGACCGUAUCACUGCUUGGAGUGUGGAAAGAGCUUCAGUAAAAGUGGAACACUCACUGUGCAUCAAAGAACCCACACUGGAGAGAGACCAUAUCAAUGCCUGGAGUGUGGAAAGAGCUUUAGUGGGAGUUACUGCCUCACUAUACAUCAAAGGACUCACACUGGAGAGAAACCUUAUACAUGCUUCAAAUGUGGAAAGGGCUUCACCACGAGUGGAAAUCUUAAUCAGCAUCGAGUAACACACACUGUGUAGAAACCAUAUACAUGCUUGGCGUGUGGAAGAGCUUCGGCCAGAGCAGAAAUCUUACUAAACAUCAAAGAAUCCACAGUGGGAGAGGGUGAAGAAAUGGGGAUUUCUGUUUUAGAAUUUCAGUUUGAAGUAAAGGAACCAUUUGAAAGUUGUAGGCGUUCAACUUCAAACAUUAUCCAUUUUAUUGUAUAAUGACCAUAUAUGCUAAACUUGAAUAAUUGUACAUUUGAAUCUGAGAAAUGAUCUUCUGCUUUUCUUGGGCAUUAUGUUGCUUUAGAAGUAUUGAUCUGAUUCUUGAGUGUUUAAAAUCCCUUGAGAGCUAUGUGAAAAUAUGAUCAAUAUGUUUAAUUCAGUGUUUGUGCUAUUAAACCCCCCCCCAAAUUCUUUGAAUGUGUCCCAAGCAUAUUCCAAUCAUACUUUUUCUGUGCUAAAAAGUAGUGCAUGCCACUCAUUUCAGUGGCAGGAUUCUGUAUACAAAACUUAGUCAGCAGGUCAUAUGACUUUAUUUCAGAAAAACGAACAAACCACCACCAAACUUUGUUAGCUGCCCCAUAACAAAUUGUUCCCUGGGCAGCUCACAAGAAAAUGGCUCAAGGGUCAUCUUUCACCCUCCUCCCUCAUUGCCCCAAUCUGAGGCUUCCCCGGCACGCAGGGCAAGAGGAGAAAGCCGGGUCCUGUGCCACUCACACUGCCUAUCCCAAGGUGGGAGACCAACUUCUCCAAAGCCAUUGGGGGGGCAUUGCUGAUGGGGUGUCUGUGGGGGACACUCUACUUGUCCUCCUGGCCAGGAAGACUUGGAUCCUGCCCAGCCUAGAAGAGGGUGGGGAAAUAGUGAGAGUGAGGCCCUUAGGCAGAAACAUUGGGGCGGGAGAGAGGAGCGGGGCCCAGGGGGUGAGGAUCCCUGCAGAGCAGCCAGGAGGAGGAUGCAGGGAGCCUCAACACGGCUAGCACUCUGCAGUCAAUGAGGCGGCUCCUGGAUCAGGAACCCGCUGGGCGGCUGCCUGCUUGGGCCCAGCCCCUUUGGGAAUCCCAGGCACAGCUCUGGCCAGCCCAUCUCCAAAAGGGCUGGGGAUCGUGCAGAAAGGAGCUCUCCAGAGCCUCCGCAGGGUGGAGACCCUUCCUCCCAAGGAAAGGCUAAACUCUCCAGGGCUCUUGAGUUCAGCAAAGACUCAAGAAGGGGGGUGGGUGCUGGAAGCGUUUUGCCCUGAAGCACCAAGAGGGGCCCAAUAUUUGGAGGCCGAGGAGGAGCCCCCUCCGACUGAUCCAAAUGGCAGGGGAGAGAAUUCAGAGACACUGUGGUGAAAUCCUACUUUGUCAUGAAGGCCACCCCCCCCCACCCUGCAAUUUACUGAGAUCACAUGCGGAGGUUCGGUUACGGCUGCCACAGGCUCGUUUGGUGGUGAUGUGGGGCUGGGUCUUCUCUGUGGCUGCCCCAAGGCUUUGGGAUGUGCUCCCCAUCCAUAUAAGAGCUCCUUCAUCUCUGGCUGCCUUCAAAAAAAUCAGGACACACCUGUGUCUUCAGGCCCUUUGCUAAAACUCUUUCUUAAUGUGUUUUUUAAGGCUGAUUUUAAGAUUGGUUUAAUGGGUUUAUUGCCUAUUUAUAGCUUUAAGUUGGGUACAUUGCUUUGAGAUGUAGCUGUUAGGCGGUUUAGAAAUGAAAUGAAAUAAAUAAAGCGGUACUUACAUGAUCA